AUGGCGACCGUCACAAUCAGCGUCAACAAUGUCAACGACAACACACCUGCAUUCUCCCCUAACUUCUAUUUCGCUACAGUGGCUGAAAACACGGCGUCUGGAUCUUCCAUAUCGCUUCUUACCGUCACCGAUGCCGACGGCGACGCCCUGACAAUCACUGUAGCCGCCGGCGACGACACCAGCAACAAGUUUAAGUUUAGCUCCGGAAACCCCAAACUGAUCGAGACGUCAUCCAACGUCAUCGACUAUGAGACGUUAUCUGGCGCGAACUACAAGUAUACGUUGGUUGUAGAAGCAACGGAUGGAACAAAUACCGGGACCGCUACCGUCAUUGUCACGGUCACAAAUGUGAACGAGGCUACCCCGUCGUUUGUCAUGGCCAGUUUUAUUCCGGCAACGACACCGUACGGUAUCGAUGAGACAUCUGCCGUCGGGACGUCCAUCGUGACGGUGACGGCAUACGACGCAGACGAUGGAGCGGCGGGAGAAGUGGUCUACAGCCUGGGGACCAUAACAGAAAAUACCGGUUCGACGACCACGGGGACCUUCGGCGUGGAUCCCACUUCCGGCGUCCUCUCCACUAUCGUUGACACAUUCGAUUGCGACACGGCCACCGGUGGGCUUGCGUAUUAUGACGUCAUCAUUGUUGCGUCGGAUAAAGGAUCAACGGUUAAAUCCGCCACCAUCCAAGUCCGUGUAGGCCUGGUUGACGUCAACGAUAACACUCCCACGUUCGCGCAAAACGUUUAUACAUUGUCGAUACCGGAAACAACCGCUGCGUCGACCAGUCUGUUGACGUUGACCGCCACGGACGACGACGUGACGGAUGCCAUGUUGACGUUUACGUUAGAAGCGUCUAGUUCACCGUCAGCGUAUUCGUCCAAAUUUGAACUAGACUCCAACACGGCCCAGCUCAACUUGUUGGCCACCGUUGACCUAGACGCCGGUGACGCCUCCUCCUACAUUCUGGUCGUGUCGGUUUCUGACGGCGGCUCCUCGGCGCUCACCAGUACCACUUCCGUCAUCGUUACAGUGACUUCCGUAAACGAUGCGGCACCGUCCGUCACCGGAGCUACUGUGGCUAUUGACGAAUCAACGGCCGUUGGCGGUGCUGUCACAACUGUUGUUGCUACGGACGCUGACACAGGAGCUGAUGGGGAUUUAACUUUUUCUAUCAGUCAGGGCAACUCUGCCGGAAAAUUCACCAUUGACCCUACAACCGGCGCAAUUAGCGUUGCCGGAAGUCUGGACUACGAGACGACCAUCCAGUACCUGCUAACAGUGAUGGCAACGGACGGAGGCUCCACAGCUCAGACCGGAAGUGCCACCAUCACCGUCGACAUCAAUGACGUCAGUGACCAGGCGCCAACGUGUUCUGCAAACUCAUAUUAUGUUUCAAUAGACGAACCUGGUGUGGUUUCAUCAAAUAACUACGUCACGCUUGCGUGCACUGACACCGAUGCCGUUGACACGUUGACGUAUUCCAUAGCGUCGGGAAAUACUGGGUCGAAGUUCAGCAUCAGCACAGCUGGUGUUAUUACCUUAGCAUCUGCCCUAGACUACGACGCGGGAACGCAGAACUUUGCUCUGUCAGUCCAAGUAACAGACAGCACAACAACGUUAACGAUUCCCGUCACAAUCGUCGUCAAUCCCGUCAACGAGGCCACUCCGACGUUCGGCGCCGACGUGGACGUAACGUUCUCGGAAAACACGGCAGUUGGUAUGUCGCUGGCGACACACGCUGCCACCGACGCUGAUGCUUCACCUCAUGCAGUUGUCAGCUACUCGAUCAGUUCAGUAACAAACAGCGGUUUAAGUAAAUUUAGCAUUGACCAGAAGACUGGUGAACUCAGUUUGGCUCAGAUGUUGGACUACGAGACGGCUAUAAGCUACGUAAUCACCGUUAUCGCCGUCGAUGGAGGCUCACCCACACCUAACACGGGCACAGGAACAGUUACGAUACAGGUGUCGGACGUGAACGACAACGUACCGACGUGUUCCUCUUAUGCCCACGUUCUAACGGUGGCGGAAGAUGCUGCGACGAACACAGCUGUGAUAUCUGACCUGGGAUGCACUGAUGCCGACGGUACCACACCGAUGUACAUCAUCAACACCCAGACGCCCGCCAGCCACUUCUCCAUAGACACCAGCGGGGCUACUCCUGCGCUGGUAGUGGGAUCUGCUCUCAAUUACCAAACCUACACUUCGUACGCUAUCGAGAUAAUUGUCAGCGACGGUAGUCUUACAGAUACAGUGUAUGUGGACAUCGCCAUCACUGAUGUCAACACUGGAGGGCCAUCAUUUAGUGCGGCGACUUACACAACCAGCAUCGCUGAAAAUACCGCAGUCAGCACAUCAGUGUUCACCGUCACAGCGACCGAUCCCGAUCUCGCCACAAGCACUUACGGCAAGCUUACGUACUCUAUCACUGCUGGAAACACCGGGGGCGUGUUUGUCAUUAAUCCAACUACUGGGAGAGUAUCUGUCUCUGGCGUGUUGGACACUGAGACAACACCGUCAUAUUCCUUGACAGUACAAGUCAGUGAAGAGACGGGUGGAAAUACUGAUACCUCUACGUUAACGAUAACCGUCACUGACGUCAAUGACAAUACGCCAACAUGUACAUCGGAUAUGACGUUU